CCGGUGUCACCAGUCUCGAGGCGGUGCCUGCGGGGACAAUGCCCAGUCUUACACAGCUACAGUCAUCAGCGCUGCUAAAUGCCCCCGGAGUAAUCACCGUCAUUGACACACACAAUGUGGGAGAGGGACAGGUCCUGGUGAGUGAGGACUCAGAUGGAGAGGGAGUGGUGGCCCACUUCCCAGCCCAUGACAAACCCAUAUCCUGCAUGGAAUUCAACCCCAGCGGUAUGCUGCUGGUGACUGCAGACACCCUGGGCCAUGACUUCCAUGUGUUCCAGGUCCUCACACACCCCUGGGCCUCCAACCAGUCUGCUGUCCACCACCUCUACACACUGCACCGUGGAGAGACUGAGGCCAAGGUCCAGGACAUCUGUUUCAGCCAGGACAGUCGCUGGGUGGUGAUCAGCACACUGCGUGGCACCUCCCACGUCUUUCCCAUCAACCCCUACGGUGGUGCGCCUUGCGCCCGCACUCACAUGUCCCCCCGCGUGGUCAACCGCAUGUCCCGCUUCAGAAGAGUGCAGGGCUGGAGGAGAUAGAGAAUGAACUGAACAGCAAGCAGGCU